AAAGACGUCUUUUCGAUGUCGAAAAAAGAUGUCUUUUAGAUUUGCAAAACCAUUUAAAAAAAGACGUCUUAAAGACAUCUUAAAAAGACUUUUAAAGACGUCUUUUCGACGUCUUUUUUCCCACAGGGUAAAUAUGAAUGUACUUAAAUUUGGAGUUUACACAAUGCCUGAAAGUGUCGUAUCUAUAACAUCAAAAAAUCCUGCAAACGCUACUGUAAGCGUUCGCAGGGUUUUUAUGUCUUUGAUCUUAUGCUGUCAAUGAAAAAAAUAAGUUCAAGUAGUUUUACUUUUAGUACCAAUUUUUAAGUUGCACCAUUUUAGGCGCCUUUUUUUGCUAUUCAAUACCUUUUGCAGUACCUACUUUGCAAAUCACACCGUUUGCAGUAAUUACAAAGCACUGGCGAUUAUGCGGUAAAUUUUGAUAACAAUUUGUAGGUAAAGAUUUGCGGGCAAUUAGUAACAAUGCGCUAUUAAGUUAGAUAAACAAUUUUUUGCAAUUACGAUUAGCCGCUAACUAAUUGAAAUAUAAUUUUUUUUUAUUUACGAACACCAAAAAUUGCAGCGAAUACAGUUAAAUAGCGUUUCUAUCGCUAUUCUUGCAAUAUACCGCAGUUUUAUCAAAAAAUCUCUAUUUGUUGCAAAGACCGCUAUUAUCGUCUAAUAUUUUUAUAAUUUCUAUGAACCCAAUUUAGCAAUCUUAUAAUUGUUGUUAUUCUCGCGAUUAAUAGGUGUCGCUAAAAACCCGAGUUACAUACUCAAAAAAAUUAAGUACAGUAGUUUAUUUUAUUUAUUAAUAUGAAAAAACAAUAAAAAUUUAAUUAUUCUAGUGCAUUUUAUAAAGAGGAUUAUUUAUGUGAUCUAGAUAUUCUACUAGAUGCAGAAGUCCUAACUGAUAUAGAAUUUACUUAAGGGUGUAUCAAUUUCAUAACUGAUCUCACAGUAUGCUUUUCAACUAGAGUUUAUUUUUUUUUAUUUUUUUGGAGUUUUUUUUGUGUGCUUGUAGAAAGCUUUAACUCAAUUGACACUGUGUCCUUUUGGACCCCCUCUUAAAGGUUGGUUUUGAAGUUGAUGGUUGAGGGUCAGACUGAAUGAUCUUUUAAAGGUUAAGUGACUUUAAUGUUUAAAGGUUAAGUGGCUUUGAAAGUCGAGGGUUGAGGUUCUUCCGGUAAAGGUUGAUCAGUUGGCUCAUCUUUACAAAACAUAAACGUUCUUAGAAGAAACUAUUUGCCAUAAAUCGGACAAAACCGCAGAUGUAUUGGUAGUUUUUGUUUAAAAAUUGCUGUUGUGAUAAAUUGCAAAGCGAUUUUUAAAGAGAAAAUUACUGGGCAAUUUAUUGCGCGUCAAUUUUUAUUUAAAAAACCACUUGCAAGUUAAUACAAUUUUUUAUUGCUUUUUUUUAUGACCAUUGUCAUAAUAAAAGAUGUAUUUUAUGAUUAUGACAUGGCAUAAGCAUGAACUAAUAAAGUUCACAUUUUGCAAAAUACGUUAAAGUGUCACAUCUGAAGCAUCAAAAAAUCUUGCUUACGUCAGUGGUUUAUUUUAAAUUCAAAGUGCAAAAGCAACUGGUUUUAGUUAUUUAAAUAAAAUUACUCGUUUUCUCUUACUUUACAAAGAUUUUUAGCUAUUUGUAUUCAUUGCGGUUUUUUUAAACCUUGUUUUUUGUUGUCGUCGUUGUUGUUUUUCUUUUUCUUUUUUUUUUUAAAAAGAAGUUGUUAUAGUGCAAUGAAAAAAAUUGUUCAAUUAAGAAUCAAGAAGUCAAUAUAAAUGAAGGAAGAUGAAUUUAAUUAAUUUUUUAAAGUUUUCUUCUCCAAUAAUGGAUUAUAAUAUAAGCAACGAGCGGAAAAUUGAUAGUGAUAUGCAAAACGACGAUAACACACUUAAUAAAGACUUCUCUGGACUUGACUCAGGAACAAAAAAAAUAUAUUCAGAACAUUUAACUAUUUUGGAUGAAUGCGAAAAUUCGUGGCGUAGUUUUUAUGAAAAAUUUAAUCAAAGCAUUAAUAAAACGUCUCCGGAUAAUAAGUAUAAUUUAACAAAAAAUUUAUUAAACGUUCCUGCAAACAUUUUUGAGACCAUCCAAAAAAAUAUUUUGAUAUGCCACGAAUCGUUUAACUCUACCAACGAAAACGAAAUGUCGCAUAAAAGUAAAAGUGAUGUUAUACAAGAUUUAGAAAAAGAAAUUGCACCAAAUCAAGAAAAUUUAAAUAAUAAUCAAUUAUUUUCAGUAAUCAACAAUCCUAUUUGCUAUAAUCACACAAGCUGGUCAUCAUAUCAAGACACUAGCAAAGACCAAGGUGAUAAAAACUCAGACACUAUUAUAUUCAGCGAAUGUAAAAACGAUGGUGCUAAUGACAAAAAAAUUGAACACAAUGUUGUAUCAUUGAGUAAUGAACCCUCUACUCGCAUCAAUGUUUGCAACAUUUUAGAGAAGAUUGAUCGAGUUGACGAUAUUGACACAAACAUGUACAAGCCAAUAGAAUGUACAAAAACGGGGAAAGCUUUAAACCAAAUAGAAUAUAAGGAUGCGUCGUUGGGGCAAUUUAAUAGAACAAAUUCAUAUACUGCACCGUUUCUACCUAAGGCUUUUGAUAUUUGGUCUGAAAAGUACAGACCUUUGGUGUUAAGUGAGUUUCCUGACGCUAAUGAAAAAACAAUUAGUGAAAAACUUUUUGAAGUGUGGCAUAAAAUACCGCCAAAAUUUCAGUCCAAAUAUUACGUUAAAGCUGACGAAAUUUGUAAAGAGUAUCUAAACUAUAAGCACGAAUUUAAUAAUUCUUCAACCAAAAAGUUUAAAAGCUUCAAAACAAGCACUGAAGUAUUAAAACCAAAAGCCCUUAGGUUCAACUCUAUAGAAAACAAAUUUACUGAAUGCAAAAGUUUUCACCAUUCUGAUGUUAAUCAACUGAUUAGUAACGAAGAAACUAAUCCAAUUAAUUAUAGCGCAUCUUGGAAAAAAACCAUACCAUUUAAUUUCGCAGAUAAACAUAUGAAAAAAAGAGUUUCAAAAAAAAAAUUUAUUGAUUAUGACAGCUUUGACGAAAAUCUUACUGCAACCGGCUAUUUAGAAGACAUCUUAUUGAGUCAGCAAAAUAGUUCUUUAAAAUCAAACUCUAACUGUAACGUAAACGAUAGUUAUGAAUCUAUAAUAAAUAGCUUAGACUUUGACAUGCACGAAUUAGAUUGUUAUUUAAGAGGGGAUAAUAGCGAACUUGACAAUAACGAAUUUCUACUUAGCAUGGAUGCAAAAUAUAGAAGCAAAGAAAAGAGGAGAAAAAAAGACAAAAAUGCACCUGAUAAUAACAAAAUAAAACGUAAUUGCGUAUCAAAAAUUGAAGCCAAAAUAAAGGAUUUGGACAAUGUGCAGUUAAAUAAAAAAUCAUCGAAAAAGAGCGAGACUCAAUUGCUUGAAAACGAAACAAUUAGCGCAGCAAGUAAAAGAUUUGUUUCUUUAAAAAACAGAAAAGUAAGAAACCAACUAAACACAAAAUAGGUACUCUAAAAUAAAAAAAAACAUUAGGAAAAAAAUCACAAAACAUUUUGAAAACAUUUUUGUAAAUGUAUUUUAAAGUAUACCAAAUUUAUGUAAUAUUUAUAUAUAUUUUUGUAACCUUAUCUUUGUACCUAUAAAGCUUUA